GUACAUCUGACGUCAUAACAUAGCGACGAGCAACAAUGGGUCAAAGCCAAAGUGGGGGUCACGGUCCUGGGGGAGGCAAGAAGGAUGACAAGGACAAAAAGAAGAAAUAUGAACCCCCAAUUCCAACCAGAGUUGGCAAGAAAAAGAAGAAGACCAAGGGACCAGAUGCUGCCAGCAAACUUCCAUUAGUCACCCCUCACACUCAAUGCCGCCUGAAGCUGCUAAAACAGGAGCGGAUCAAGGACUAUCUAUUGAUGGAGGAGGAAUUCAUUCGAAACCAGGAACAGAUGAAACCCUUAGAAGAGAAACAGGAGGAGGAGCGAUCGAAGGUGGACGACCUGCGCGGCACCCCCAUGUCCGUGGGCACCUUGGAAGAAAUCAUUGAUGACAACCAUGCCAUCGUUUCCACCUCUGUGGGAUCAGAACAUUACGUCAGCAUCCUGUCAUUUGUGGAUAAAGAUCUGCUGGAGCCAGGUUGCUCAGUUCUGCUCAACCACAAGGUCCAUGCUGUGAUCGGGGUGCUGAUGGACGACACCGAUCCCCUUGUUACAGUGAUGAAGGUGGAAAAGGCUCCCCAAGAAACCUAUGCUGACAUUGGUGGACUUGAUAAUCAGAUCCAAGAAAUUAAGGAGUCAGUUGAGCUGCCUCUGACACAUCCUGAGUAUUAUGAAGAAAUGGGCAUCAAACCACCCAAGGGCGUCAUCCUCUAUGGACCACCGGGCACAGGGAAGACACUUCUGGCUAAGGCCGUCGCUAACCAAACGUCCGCCACUUUCCUGCGUGUGGUGGGCUCGGAGCUGAUUCAGAAGUACCUGGGAGAUGGUCCCAAAUUGGUUCGAGAGCUUUUCAGGGUUGCAGAGGAGCACGCUCCGUCUAUCGUCUUCAUCGACGAGAUUGACGCCAUUGGCACAAAGAGGUACGACUCUAACUCCGGAGGUGAGCGGGAGAUCCAGAGAACCAUGUUGGAGCUGCUCAACCAGCUGGAUGGUUUUGACUCGCGGGGAGACGUCAAAGUGAUCAUGGCCACCAAUCGGAUAGAAACACUGGAUCCAGCUCUCAUCAGACCCGGACGAAUUGACCGCAAGAUUGAGUUUCCACUGCCCGAUGAGAAAACAAAACGCAGGAUCUUUCAGAUUCACACCAGCCGGAUGACAGUAGCAGAUGAUGUCACCCUAGAUGACCUCAUCCUGGCCAAGGACGACCUUUCAGGAGCCGACAUCAAGGCCAUCUGCACGGAAGCUGGCCUCAUGGCUCUGCGCGAGCGCCGUAUGAAAGUCACCAACGAAGACUUCAAGAAGUCAAAAGAGAACGUCCUGUACAAGAAACAGGAGGGCACGCCAGAGGGUCUCUACCUCUAACCUUAACCCCUCCAUCUCCCAUCCCACCCUGUGUGUGUCCUUGCUCGUGUGAAACGGAGGAGUUCUUCGUCUCAUCUGAGAGAGUUUUGAUAUAUUUCGUGCAUGUCGGGUCCCCCCCCGCAUUCUUAUCUGUAAACAUCAUGAAUAAAUGAUAGAACAGUA